AUGCCAUUAAUUUCUUUCCAACUACCGAGUUUGUCAUCUUCCUCUUCCUUUCGCCGGAGUGCCAUUGAUGACUUUCACAUUCUUCAAUAUUAUCCUACGCGAAAAAAAUUUGCUUUGCUUAGCUUUGUCUUCUUUUCAUUUGGGUUUAAGGGUCGAAUUUGGGGUUUGUGUUUCCUAAAAGGACCGAGUACGAUAGAGGUCAACACUUUCUCCCCUGAAGGUCGGCUAUUUCAAGUCGAGUACGCCAUUGAAGCUAUCAAGACAUUUGAUGCCUAUGUGAUCGGGAGAGAUGAUGCUCCAGGGAUUGUUGUGCUUCAUGAAUGGUGGGGCGUUGAUUUUGAGAUCAAGAAUCAAGCCCAGAUGAUUUUGAGGUUUGAUAAGGGCUACAAAGCAUUGAUGCCAGACUUGUACAGAGGGAAGGUUGGUCUAGACGCUGCUGAAGCCCAACACUUGAUGGAAGGUCUUGACUGGAAAGGCGCGGUGAAGGAUAUUGAAGCCUCUGUCAACAGGCUACGUUUUAACAUAGUGAAUAUUAUGUAUGAUGAGAUUUAA